AUGUCCCACAUUGCGCCCCGGCCUCCGCAACGUCCGGCUCACCGCCAAACUCGUAGCAAUUCCCAAACCCUCGACCCGAGACUGGAGCUUGUGGGCAAGCUCGAGGGCUGCAUUGGCAAAAUCUUGGAAGCCACAAAAGCAUACAAAUCACCCCAGCAGCAGCACCACACUGCCCAUCAAAAUGCCAACCAAAUGUUCCAGCAGAGGGUCAUGGCCUCGCGAGGCCAGAUGGGAAACAUGUCGGAUCAAGACUGGCUGGGCACAAUGAUGCAGUGUCUGAAUGAAAGCAUGAGGACCCAGCAGAGCUCGUUUGUGCGCAACACGACUCUUGAUGUUGCCCUCAGGACCUUUGCCGCCGGCAUUUUCGAAGCUCUCGGCCCGGCGUACUUUCAAGAGCCCUUGGACAAGUACCUGGCUGCGUCGAAGCCCAUGUCUCCUCAGAAUACCAUCGCUGGACAUUAUGCUCUUGACCGUUCUGGUAUUCCCUCUCCACCUAGAGAGAUGGGCCCGAACCGGAGCAUCCUGCAACGUCUCGGCACACAAAACAUUCCGCCAUCUCCUACCCACGCCUCGCCUUUUCCUUCUACACACUACCAAAUGGUCCAAAGAUCUGCGCAUAGUGUCAGUCCCAAUGGAGCACCCGCACCGCAGCAUCAAAUGCGGGCCAUGCCCAUACUGCAACGACCCCUACCACCGGCGCGCCAACCCCGCCGUCCACCAAAGCGCUCAUCUCCGACCGAGCCUCUGAAUCCUUUAGCACAAAAGAGAACCUAUACAUCCGAGACUCUGCGACAGGCAGCCGGCUCGAUGGGACCUCUGCUUUCGCCUGCUCAGGCACAACCCAGCCACAGCAAUACUCUGAAGCCUUGGUUAUGUAUAGACUUUUGGGAUGUACAGCAAGAGAGAAAUUCACGAAGGAGACAAGCCAUUCUCGGCUACGGGGGUAAAUGUUUUUUGGCGACGAAAGUGCAGCCGCAUUCUCUCAUAACCACGGCGAGCUGCUCCACGCAGUCAUCUGAGCCCGCCAGCCUACCGACAGAGCGCCUCGAGACGAGUAGAGAGUCACCAAGCUCAGUUUCAAAACUCGAGAGCCGAGAACCUCUUGCUCUACAUGUCGCGAGGAACGUGCAGAGCCCGGAAAGAGACGAGCCCGUGGUAUCUCCAGAGAAGUCUGCCAAGGACAGUUUUGCAGUGACAAGCACUGCAAAAGCGCCCGGAACGCCCGAAAAUGUCGAGCAUAUUCCAGAACUGACGCCCAACUCACCAGAGUCAUCUGAUCUGAGUGGACCGUCGUCCCUUGCAGACUUUGACUCAAUCGAGACACAACCCCCAGGCAGUGACCCAAAGAUUAUCGAUGGCAAGCUUGAAGAGGGUGAAAUUGACGAGUCGUGUAUCCAAGUUAUCCCGUACUCUCUGACCAUGUCGGCAAAGAUGUUUACAUCUUCCGAAUCGGGCAACAAGAAGAAGAAAUGGAUCAGUGCUGCUGGCUCAGCGGCGCCCUCUGGGUUGUCCUCUGGAUUGCCGAGGAAGAAGCUGCCCUCGACGCCAAAGUCGGCACAGACGAAGAAGAAGAAGAGAGAACGCCAGUCGUUUUGGAGCCCGUCUCAGGAGACUGGACCAAGUGCCCACGAUCAAUUCAAGACCAGAGCGUGCAAACAGUGCGCCGAAAGGUUUUACUUUCGAGCUCAGCUUGCGACGCAUAUGCAAACCGAACAUGCUGAGAUCAUAACUGUAGAAUAG